GGUGUUUUGGUUUGUCGAUGUGCGCAACUCAUUGAUAUUUUUUAUCAAAUUAAGUGAAAAAUGAGUACUUCAGAAACGAAACCGAUGUUCCGUGAUCUCGCUGGAGAUGAUCCGGAACCAGAAGUCACUGAAAUCGAGUCGUUUUGUAUGAAUUGCCACGCAAAUGGCAUGACUCGUCUUCUUCUGACACGUAUUCCUUACUAUAAGAAUGUGGUGAUAAUGUCAUUCAGUUGUGAGGCUUGCGGGUACGAGAACAAUGAGAUUCAGCCGGGUGGGGCCUUCGCAGAGCUUGGGGUAAGAUGGAAACUGAGGGUUGAAUGUCAGAUGGACUUGAACCGACAAGUGGUGAAGAGUGACUACACAGGAGUGAGGAUACCAGAGUUGGACUUUGAGAUACCUGCACAGAGUCAGAAAGGAGAGGUUACAACAGUGGAGGGGAUAAUAGCUCGGGCUAUAUCCGGUCUGCAACAAGACCAGGAGACACGGAGAAAGGAGCAUCCAGAGGAUGCGGCCACAAUUGAUGCAUUUAUUACUCGAUUACAAGAUCUCAAAACUGUAAAUACACCAUGGACGUUGGAGCUUGAAGAUAUCAGUGGUAACUGUUUCGUAGAGAAUCCUGAAGCACCAGCUAAAGAUCCUCGAUGUGACAGAACAGAUUUUACACGGAGUAAAGAACAAAAUCAUACACUUGGUAUAUUUGAACAAGAAGAGAUACAUGGUAUAACGAACGGUCUAGCUCAGAGCAAGAUAGAAGCGGAGGCAGACUUCUAUGAGAAAAUGGUAUCGGAAGAAGUGAUGCAAUUCAAAACUAACUGUCCGGACUGUAAUGCACCUGCCGAGACUAAUAUGAAAUUAACAAGUAUACCUCACUUCAAGCAGGUUGUGAUAAUGGCGACUGUAUGUGACGCUUGCGGUCACAGAACUAAUGAGGUGAAAUCUGGUGGUGGUAUUGAAGAUAAAGGUGUGAAGUAUGAAGUACGUAUUGCGAGCAGAGAUGACUUCUCUAGAGAUAUAUUGAAGUCGGAGACAUGCAGUAUGAGCAUUCCGGAGCUGGAGUUCGAGGUGGGGGGCAGAGCUCUGGGGGGCAGGUUCAGUACACCGGAGGGUCUGCUGCAGGCGGCCGUGCAGCAGCUGCGGGAGGCGCCGGGACUGAUGGGAGACGCGCCAGGACUCGCACAGGCAAAGCUCUCCGGUUUCUUAGAGAAAUUAGAAGAAGUUUUGGAAGGAAAGCGAGCAAUUACACUGGUGUUGGACGACCCGGCUGGAAAUUCUUAUGUACAGAGCCUCUCUGAUGACCCUCAAGUACCUGAUGAUGGUCUUAAAGUGACUCACUACGAGAGAUCUUAUGAACAAAAUGAUGAACUUGGUCUUAAUGAUAUGAAGACCGAAGGUUACGACGUGGAAACAUAGCUGUGCGUUCACAUUGUAUAGAUACUUGUAUAACAACAUGUACCUCUCAAUGUCUAUGAAAAAAGAG